UUGAAAAGAACCAAGUCCAACACAUAUGAUCAUCACCUAUUCUCAUUGUUAUUGUAUACAAUAUUCUCUUAGUUCUGCUCAUUUCAUUUAGCACCAUGUAAAUCAUGUAAAGAAUUAGCAUUUCAGAACCAAAAUGCAAUACAUGUAUGAAAAUAUAGGAAAAGAUCCAUAUAUGCUAGUUAGAAAUUAAUGGCUUUUAUCAUGAUCAAGUAAUUCCAUGAGGGAACAAAUGUCUGCUAAUUAACGUGAUCAAGUAAAGAUGAGAUUGGUCUUGAGAAAAUGGAAAAAUUCUGAUGAGAAAUGAGUAGGAAAAAAAUUUUUCCAGAGAUAGAAAAAAAAUUAUGAACAAAGCUUUAAAAAGCUAACAAAACAAGUGUCUUAAGGCCAUUACUGCUGGAGAAAUUAAAAAUUUAUUCAAUUCCAUAAAAUUCAUAUCUUUAGUAAAAGCCAUGACUUCUGGUAUCAGUAGAACCUUUGAAAAAUCAAAAUGUUAUUGGUGAAAUAGAAGGUAGAUAUGAAAGUUAGGGUAAUUUCAAAGAAGUUAUUGGAUAUUUCUAAACAUCUAUAUUUUCACUCUAAUAAUCAAGAAAGAUAGUUUUAGAACAUUGGUAUGUUGCCUGACGUAUGUACAUACUUUACCUAAAUUCACUUGUUGUUACUAAGUUUCUGAAAGAGAGUACGUAAUGUUAAGAUUUGGAAGUGACCUUUGUAGAAUAGAAUAUUGAAUGCUGAGUACAUAUAGGAAGACACUAUCAAUUACAAAUUUUAUCAGUGUUAUAACAGGUCAUUUAAAUAACACCUUCUCUCCAUCCCCCUUUCAAUAUUUCUAAGUUAGAAACUGAGGCCUCGGGGAAGAAAGUUAUAUGCUCAUUUUGAAUUCAAUAUUUCCACAGCCAUUAGAAAUUGACCAAAUGGAAAGAAGCAAUGUUACAUUCGUGGUGGAAUUCAUUCUCCUGGGAUUUUCUGACCUUCCCAACCUUCGAAGUUUUCUAUUUGGAAUUUUCUUAGUUGUCUAUUUGUGUAUACUUAUAGGAAAUGGCCUGCUCAUUGUUAUAACUAAGACAAAUCCUGCUCUUCAAACCCCCAUGUACUUUUUCCUUGGAAACUUUUCCUUCUUGGAAAUCUGUUACACAUCAGUCACUCUCCCUAGAAUACUAAGAGAUAUUUGGACUCAGAAGGGAAACAUCCCAUUCCUGUCCUGUGCUUUGCAAAUUUGCUCCCUUUAUAUUCUAGGAAUUGCAGAGUGCUUACUCCUGGCUGUGAUGGCUUAUGACAGAUAUGUAGCCAUCUGUAAGCCUCUUUACUAUCCUCUCAUCAUGAAUCACAGGACAUGUGUCCAAUUGGUGAUUGCCUCCUGGAUCACAGGAAUACCAGCCCAGAUAGGACUCACAUACCAGAUUUUCUCUCUGAACUUUUGUGGUCCUAACAAACUAAAUCAUAUUUUCUGUGAUGCUUCACCACUGCUGGAGGUUGCCUGUGGGGACACAUAUCAGAAAGAAAUCUUGGUUCAUCUUAGUGCUCUCUUUUUUAUUAUGAUUCCCUUUCUGUUGAUACUCAUAUCCUAUGUCAAAAUUAUAGCCACCAUCCUGAAGCUACCAUCAACUUCAGGGAAAUCCAAAGCCUUUUCUACCUGUUCUUCUCACCUUAUAGUUGUAUUUGUAUUCUUUGGAACUACUAGUAUUGUGUAUUUGCAUCCAAAAUCCAGUCAAUCAGCUAAAUCAGACAAACUCUUUGCUCUUUUCUAUACUAUUGUGACUCCAGUGUUAAACCCCAUAAUAUACAGCCUGAGGAAUAAGGAUGUAAUUGUUGCACUGAGAAAACUCCUUCCAAAAUGAUGUGAUUCAUGAAUCAAAUGGUCAAAUCUAAAAAAAUAAAUAAUUAAAAUA